AGCACCAACUUCAACUUUGCUCUCUCUCUCUCUCUCUCUCUCUCUCUGUUCGGCCUCCGGUUUUGGGGGUCCAUACUCACAAGAGCUUCUUCGUCUACCAGAAGGGUUCAAAGGCUUUAAGCCGCAAAUUUGUGCUAAAUUUUCAGUAUUUUGUUGAAAGAGCAUCGAGUUAGUGUUUGUGUGCAUAAUUUAAACAUUCUUUUGGAAGUAAAAAUCCUGGGAAUGCUGAAAGAUGUGCCUGAGCGCUCACGACUCUGCCUUCCGUGAGGUUGUGUCUAUAAUAGAACUGUCUUUCUUGAUUCUUGCUGGUGCUGGACCUCUAAAUCACAAUUGGUUUUCUCUUGGUUCCCAAAAGCGAGUUGGGCCAGCUAGUAUGUAUGCAGUGCCGGUUGUGUUAAUGCAUGACCAUUGCGAGGACGGUUGAACUUCUUGUAUUAUUAUAAACUCCUGCUCUCUAGAUUGUGGAUCAUUAGAUCAUAUUAGCAGGGGGAAGUUGUGUGUUUGUUGUUUAUUAGCUUUUUUAGGUUGGAAUGGAGAAUAAAUCGAAUGUGCUGAUGCAAAGAUACGAGAUAGGGAGAGUACUAGGUCAAGGCACUUUUGCCAAGGUUUACUAUGCAAGGAGCUUGAUAACUAAUCAGGGUGUGGCCAUUAAGGUUAUUGACAAAGAUAAGAUUAUGAAGGUUGGGCUGAUGGAUCAGAUCAAGAGAGAAAUAUCUGUUAUGAGACUGGUUAGGCACCCUAACAUUAUACACCUUUAUGAGGUCAUGGCCACCAAAACUAAGAUAUACUUUGUCAUUGAAUAUGCUAAAGGCGGUGAGCUGUUUAACAAGGUUGCUAAAGGAAAACUGAAGGAGGACGUUGCAAGGAAAUAUUUUCAGCAGCUAAUCAAUGCACUUGAUUUCUGUCACAGUAGGGGUGUCUAUCAUCGGGAUAUAAAGCCAGAGAACUUAUUGCUAGAUGAGAAUGAUAACUUAAAAAUCUCAGAUUUUGGGUUAAGUGCCCUCGCUGAAAGCAAGCGCCAAGAUGGUCUGCUUCAUACCACCUGUGGUACUCCUGCCUAUGUUGCUCCCGAAGUUAUUAACAGGAGAGGCUAUGAUGGUGUGAAAGCUGAUAUUUGGUCUUGUGGGGUGGUCUUGUAUGUCUUAUUGGCAGGUUAUCUCCCGUUUCAUGAUCCAAAUUUGAUGGAGAUGUACAGGAAGAUUGGCAAAGCAGAAUUUAGAUGCCCUAAUUGGUUCUCACCAGAAGCACGUAGGCUACUGUAUAAGAUGUUGGAUCCAAAUCCCAAUACUAGGGUUUCCUUAGCCAAAGUUAAGGAGAGUUCUUGGUUCAGAAAGGGAACAAACGCCAAAAAUAUGAAAUCUGAAAUAGAAAACAAGGAUGUGGCUCCAAUAAGUGCAGAAGCUUCUGGUCCCUCUGAGAAUAGUAGUUUGGCUGCUGAGGCAAAGCAAGAACCAGCGAGACCUCCAAACUUGAAUGCUUUUGAUAUUAUCUCGCUUUCUGCUGGUUUUGAUCUGUCUGGCUUGUUCGAAAAAGAUUCUCUCAACAGAGAAGCAAGAUUCACUUCCAGACAACCUGGCCCAGUCAUCAUCUCAAAGUUGGAAGAAAUGGCUAAGCAUCUGAAGCUCAAAGUGAAGAAGAAGGAUGAUGGAUUGUUGAAAAUGGAUGCACUGAAGGAAGGUAGAAUGGGGAUUUUGUCCAUAGAUGCAGAGAUAUUUCAGAUUACUCCAACUUUUCAUCUGGUUGAGUUGAAGAAAUCAAAUGGAGAUACAUUGGAAUACCAGAAGAUGCUGGAGGACAUAAGGCCUGCUCUGCAAGAUAUAGUCUGGGUUUGGCAAGGUGAGGAAGAGCAACAGCUGCAGGAGCAGCAGCAACAACUGCAACUGCAGCCACAAGAAGAACAACUACAACAGCAUCAGCCACAAUAGUAACAAAUUGCCAGCUUUCCCAUGGUAUCUUAUGUUUAUUUGUACAUUUCAGUCUGCAAAAGUUUCAACUUUGUGUUUGUCCUUGGGAGGGUCAUGACAGUCUUAAUAAAUUUGUUGCUGUUCUUGUAUGUACAUGGUCACAAAGAUUCAAAGUAGUCGUGUAUUUUCUUAUCCAUUUUUAUUAAGGGAGCUUCUGCAUUUAUUUUUCA